GCCUCUCGUUCCCUCGAAGAGUCCGUCCCAUUUCUCUUUGCCUCUUCGAAAAACCUACCAACCAAUCUUUUAUUUUUUAUAUAUAAAUAAAUUCUUUUUAACGCCAACCCAAUUCAUUUCUCUCUCCUAGUCUCUCAAAUCGACCCCCAAAAUUUCUCCUCUCUCUCCAUGGAGGCCUCUACUGCUCUCUCUCGCAUUGGGCUGGCGGGUCUGGCUGUUAUGGGCCAAAACCUGGCUCUGAACGUCGCCGAAAAAGGCUUCCCUAUCUCCGUCUACAACCGUACAACGUCCAAGGUCGAUGAAACUCUGGAUCGGGCCCACCGUGAGGGUGAACUUCCUUUGACCGGCCACUAUUCUCCCCGUGAUUUUGUUCUCUCCAUCCAACGUCCCAGAUCUAUCAUCAUUUUAGUCAAAGCUGGUUUCCCCGUUGACCAAACCAUCGCCGCGCUCUCGGAGCAUAUGGCUCCUGGUGAUUGUAUUAUCGACGGAGGUAACGAGUGGUACCAAAACACUGAGCGUCGUAUUGAAGAAGUUAGCCAUAAGGGGUUGCUUUAUCUCGGUAUGGGCGUGUCGGGCGGCGAAGAAGGGGCUCGUAACGGCCCGUCGUUAAUGCCUGGUGGGUCUUUCGAAGCGUAUAAUAAUGUGAAAGAUAUUUUACAGAAAGUGGCUGCUCAAGUUGAGGACGGGCCGUGCGUUACUUACAUCGGCGAGGGCGGUUCUGGUAAUUUCGUUAAAAUGGUGCAUAACGGAAUCGAGUAUGGAGAUAUGCAGUUGAUUUCUGAAGCGUACGAUGUGUUGAAACACGUGGGAGGGUUGAGCAACAGCGAGUUGGCGGAGAUAUUUGCGGAAUGGAACAGGGGUGAGUUGGAGAGUUUCUUGAUUGAGAUAACGGCGGAUAUUUUUAAAGUGAAGGAUGAGUUGAGUAAUGAAGGUGAGCUUGUGGAUAAGAUUUUGGAUAAAACUGGAAUGAAGGGGACGGGUAAGUGGACUGUGCAGCAAGCGGCCGAGCUCUCGGUGGCUGCCCCGACUAUUGCGGCAUCGUUGGAUUGCAGAUACUUGAGUGGGUUGAAGGAGGAGAGAGAGAAAGCUUGUGAAAUUUUGAGAGAGGCAGGUCUAAAGGAUGGAGUGCAAAAUGUUGGAAUAAAUGUUGAUAAGAAGAGGCUAAUCGAUGACGUUAGACAAGCUUUGUAUGCUUCCAAGAUCUGUAGUUAUGCCCAGGGGAUGAAUUUGUUGAGGAGUAAGAGCAAUGAGAAAGGUUGGAACUUGAAUUUGGGUGAAUUGGCUAGGAUUUGGAAAGGUGGGUGUAUUAUAAGAGCUGUGUUUUUAGAUAGGAUUAAGCAAGCUUACCAAAGGAAUCCUAAUUUGGCAAGCUUGGUUGUGGACCCAGAGUUUGCGAGGGAGAUGGUGCAGAGGCAGGCGGCCUGGAGGAGAGUCGUGGGGAUGGCAAUUUCAGCUGGGAUAAGCACACCAGGGAUGUGUGCUAGUCUUUCCUAUUUUGAUACAUAUAGGAGGGCAAGGCUGCCUGCAAAUCUUGUCCAGGCUCAGAGGGACUUGUUUGGGGCUCAUACUUAUGAGAGGAUCGAUCGCCCUGGGGCAUUCCAUACUGAAUGGACCAAACUUGCGCACAAGAGUGGCACUGGUAUUGGUGCUUUUAAUUGAGCUCCUCUUGUUGUUUAUCUGUAUUUUUGGUUCUCUGUUUGGUUGUAUGUUUCAAUUGGGUAUUGAAAAUGUUGGUAUUUAAAUGAGGAUUCUACGUCUAGCUGAGAAUUCAAUGAUAGACAUUAAGGCAUUGCAAAAUCAUUGUUUAGCCUCGUAGUUUUUGCUGAUAAUAAGAACUGCAUGCCUUAUUCAUAUGCAAUACACAAAGUAGAAUUUGUCUUA